GCCCAUGGGCAGGGCCCGCGUGGGGCCUUGGUCUGUCCCCAGUGGAGGGGGCAGCGGGCCAGCGAGCGCCUGGGCUGGGCUGCGCGCUUACCGGGCGCUCCCCAGGUCCCCAGUUUGUUCCGACCCCGCACGGACUCGGCCCUGCCCCAUCGAGGCCAGAGGUCGAAAUGCUGGUCAGGACGGAGCACCGUGCCCGGGGACCCUCAGGCUCUGGGGACCUUCCAGGGGGUGCGUUUGUCACCUGGCUGGGGAGAUGGCUCCCUCUUGGAGCCUCCAGGGCCAGGCCCCAGGGUGAUGGUGGAUCUGUGCUCAGGGGAGGGGUGGCUGGCUCCUCUCUUCCGGGUCUGAACCGUCCUGAGGGCCAGGGCCAGCAGUGGCCACAGGCUGGAGCCAAACGAAACCUCCCCAGCCAGGCGCCUGGUCCCGGAACGUGCUGUAGUCUGGACUCCACGGCAUUGUGGGUGCUGCCAGCAGAGCCGCUGGACAGGCAGGCAGAGGAAUCAGGGGUGAGCUGCUGGGCGGGGUAAGGCUCCCUGAGCCUCAAGGAGCUUGUUGUGUCCCUGUAGACACACCCUCCCAGUGAGCAGUGACUCAGAGCUGGGCAGGGUGAUAAGGUCCUGAGUUGUGAUGCCUGCUGGUCCCGGAGUACGUGAUUUAGCCCGAGGCCAGGUAGUCUCUGCCUGCAGACACGGAUUGGUAUAGAGACCACACAUCUCGGCGCUGGGGAAGCAAUGGGCUUCCCGUCCUCAGAGCAGGGUCCCCAGGGGACAGGGGAGGGCAGCCAAGAUGCUUGGGCUGUAAGCCUAGACCCACGGCAUCUCACAGAGCCCCUUCGAGUCUGCCCUGAGCUGCCUCUGGACUUCAUGCGGGCUUACUCUCUCCAUGCUACCUGCCUUCUGUGUGGUGUGGUGUUUCUCAAGCAUGUACCCUCAACCCCCCCAGUCCCUACACGCCCCCCCCCCCCCGCCCGCCGCCCCGAGGGCCCCUGAGCUGGCUCCAGUCGGUGUCCAGUUGUAUGUGCAGGUGCCUCUGAGCCAAGGCUCUCCCCGGCCAUGAUUCCAGCUUUUCCCACAUCGUCGAGGCUGCACUGGUGUGGUCAGCCCACUUGGCUCUGGUUUCUUGUCUGUGUGCCCUUCUGGAAGGUCUCCCAGGAGGACUGGACCUUGGACUCCCUUUGCAUCUGACACAGUGCGCCCCUCAGGCCGCCUCCUGGUGUGGUCCUGGUGGGCUGGGGCCUCCCUCUGGGAGUGGAGGAGCCUGGGUGCUCUUGCUCAGAGCAGUGGAAGCAGGGGAUCCUGUAGUGGGAUGUCCACGGGGUAGGGUGGGGUGGAGUCGGCGCAGGUCCCUGGAGCCUGCUUCUCCCGUUUCGGGCUGCGGCCUCCCAGCCCCACAGCCCUCUGUCUGCCCUGAGAUCUCUGUCCCUGAGCCAGUCUGGGACCCCCGGGCCAGGCCCCAGGGAGCAGCUCCUCCCUCCUCUGGCCUUGUUUCACUCAGCCACCAGGCUGGCUCUCUAGAGCAGCCCCACCCUGGACAGCUGUGUCUCCCUGAGGGUGGUGGGCCCCUGCCCAGGGCCAGGGCCAGGAGGGGGGCAGCUCUUGUGGGUCGGGCCUGCCUCCAGGGUCCUGUUACCUGGGCAGCCUCCCCUGGGUGGUCCCCCUUCCACGUGUGAACCUCAGGGGGGUAUUCUUUCCUCCGAGUCCGGCCAGCCCUUCCGUGUUGGAAGCUGAGGAGGAAGCUGGUGGACCUGAUGCUUAAUUGCAGGGAGGAGACUGAGGACCUGUGACUUGAGCGGAGCCACCGCCCACCUGAGGGCCUGCUCCUCUGGCUGCUGUCAGACGGGGGCGUGGCUGUGUCCCCGCAGCCCCGAGCUGGGUGGAGGGGGUGGGGCACACAGUUAUUCUCAGCUGAGGCCUCUGGAGGGUAGAGUUUCAGGUUGUUUAUGCCUCUAGGAGGCACCUGGGGGCAGGGGCGGGCUCCCGGCUUAGCCCUGCAGCCCGGCCUGGCCUAGAGACACCUCGGAUUUCCCUGCUGCCCUGGUGGGGGCCUGGGGGGGGGUGCGCCUGCAGCCCCAGCAGGCCAGGGGUCUGAAGCUUUCUCUAGGGUGUUGUGGUGGCAGAGGGCCUGUACACAGUGGUUCUCAGCCAGCCCUGAGCCGGCAGCGUGCCAGCCUGCACACUGGAGGGGCACUUCACACCCGCCGGCUGGCCCGCGUCUGCCUGGCCGUGCUCCCCUGCAGGGUCAGUGCUAUUAAUACCAGGCCAGUGCGCAGCCCCAGCUGGGUGAUCCUCUUAUGCCCGUGGCCUCAGGGCUGGCGCUGAGUGCUGUUGCGUCUACAAAGGCCCUGGGGUCUCUUACCUGUGGGCCCCCUGCCUCCCAGCAGACUGCCCCACCAGCCAGGGUGUGGGGCCAGGGUGUGGACCCAACUCCGGCUCAUCGGCUGCUGUGCUGCCCACCCCUGGAGGGGCAGUUGGGCCGGCUCUCUUGCGGUCCUGGGGGGCUGCUGUGCGUCUCAGAGUCGCUGUUGUGAUGCCCCUGCCCACACCUGGGCUCGCCCUGCCAUCCCAGUUUCCCCUGUGUCCCAACCAUGAGCAGCCCCCCAGCUUACCCUGGCAUCAGGGUCUCGGGCUGCUGGACCCUUGGAGCAGAAGGCAGGUGAGUGGCUGGCCCGCCGGCUUCUGGCGGGAAUGCCCGUCUUCGCUGUGUCUAGGGGACACCGGGACCUGGGCUGGGCAGGCCUGCUGCCCACAGGCACGGUUACCUGCUGACCUGUGUCCACUGGGGCUUGUAAUCCUUUGGUGGAAAUGACCUCUUGUCAUCGCGGCCAGCAGAGCAAGGAGGUGAGGGCUUGUGUGAUUUUCCGGCUCGAAGUUUGUCCCGUUGUGAAAGGGGGCGAGGCUUGUUCGGAGGGCGCAGUAUCCCUCCUCCAGAGAGACGGCGGGGCUGGGCUUGGCUGCUGACCCAGCCUGGGGCCGGCCAUCACCAGCCUGGGGAUGGGGGGAGGCGGGUUUCUGGCGGGUGGUCCCUGGCUUGCUUCCAACUCGUCCCUGCAUGGCCCCGUCCUCUGGGGGUGUCUCUGCCCCAGAAAGCCGCCCGUGGUGGUCAUGGCCUCCGUAGGACAAGGAACAGUCACGGGGGAAGGCUCCACCUGGAGAAGGCAGGCCACCAGCCUGGGCUGAAGAGCAGGGCCGGGAGCAGCGCCAGCCCCAGAGCUCCUGUCGCGGUCCCCCGACGUCCGCGGGAGUCCCGCCGCCGUGAGCGUGCUCACCAGUUUUCUGUGUUGGCGGUUGCUCCCCGAGUAGGAGGCACAGGUGGCGGCCAGCCUGGUCGGUUUUCUCUGCCCACCAAGGCCACCCUCCCCACCCCCAGCGCCAGGGCGUCCGUCAUCUCCGGGUCUGUGGGUCGCUUGGGGAGGGCCACCGCGUGUGAGCCCCGGGGCCUUGUGCUCACGGUGGGUGGGUGCGUCCGAGGAGCAGCCGGUGCUGCCCCCAUUCCGGGGCUCUGUCCGUGUCCUUCUGGGCUGAGGUGGGUGGCACCCCUGGGGCGGCUCCUCGUCGCUGCCCUGGCAUCGUGUGUCCCGCUGUGUUGUUUGCCCUCAGCUCCACGAUGAGUGACGGCUCCUCUAGCGCCACAGAGGUGGCUCUGAGCACAGGCCCGUUAUUCCCAGAGCUCGCUCACUCCCCACGUGGCCCGGUGACGGUCCCCACGGCUCCCGUCACACCUGCUGUCAGCAGGCUUUCUCACUGCUCACACUCACGCAGACCUCACCCUCUGUGCCCUGAGAGCUGCGCUGCGACUGGUCACGUGUGAGGCCUGAGCUAAUUCCGCCCUGCCCCCGCCCCCACACGUGUGCAAACAGACACCGUCCCCUUGGCAACGCCGGGUGCUCUGGGAGUGCCACAUGCUGGAUGCACCCGCGUCCCCCUGCGAGCUUUGGUUUUGGAGAACAGAGGGCACGUACUCGUGAAAUCUCCAAUCCCGGCGGAAGCCCUGGUUCUGGCUCUUGGCAGCAGAGACCAUCCUGGCACAUCUGCUUCCCGCUGUUUCUGGGCUCCUGUUGCCCUGGGCCUCAUGGGUGCUCAUGUGAAGGGCGUGGCCUGUGGCUUUUGCCUUCCCUCCCAACAGUGCUUCGGGGACGCCGUCUGCGUGCGGCCUUCCCUGGGCCCCUUGCUCCGGUCCCAAGCUGCACCCACAGUGGGGUUCCCGCUGUGGGUGGACACACGUCCUGCAGGGGUUGCCUGGGGCACCCCCAGUUCCCGAACUUUCUUCCCGUCUGCCCUGGACCGUCCCUCUGCGGCUGGGGCAGGCUUUCAGCCCAGUCUCUUUCUUAGGCAGUGGCCAGAACUGCCUUGUGCCCCAGCUCGUCCUGUCCUGGGGCCGUCUUCACGCCGGCUCCGUCCGUGCUGAGCCUCUCAGCACAGACUGAGCAGGAUUCUGGCAACACUCUCACCAGGUGUGAGGCCUUGAGGCCUUGGGCCAGUGGUCAUGUCCGACCUUUGGCAUCUGAAGGGAUAGAGAAGUCAGCACAGCUCAGCUCUGGUGCGCGGCCUGUCGUGAGCAGGCACAGUGGCGCCUGCCUUUCCCAGGCUGAGGUUUCCAUCCGGGGGCCUCCACCCUCCGCCCUGGAGUUGGCGGUGCUCCUGGGCCUCCCCCCGUCUGUCCACACCACUGCCCAGCUCUUCUGUCCGCAGCCUCUCUCUGCAGGAGCCCCUCUCCCUGCAUGCCCUGCGCAGUGGCGGGGGUGUGCUGUCCUGGGAGGGGACAGAGUCCUGGAUGGGGUCUGGACUGUCCUUGGCGUGCCCACUCCUGGGGAGAUGGGGGCCCUGCCCAGCCCAGCUCAGCUGAUGCCCAGUCCACAUGGGAGGAGGAUCGGCCCACGACAGCGCUCCCCCUGUGACCUCCAUUGUCACUUGCUGUCUCUGAUUCGGAGGCAGGGACAGUCCAAGUCCACAAGCCCUGUGGAUGGGCCUCACCGGGUUUCCUGUGCCCCCCACCUGAGUUGUGCCCAGGUGCCCAAUGUGGGGGGGCAGGGGGGCAGGUGGCCCUGGGCCCAGGUGAGCGUGUGCCCCCUCUGCAGCAGCAGUGCAGAGUCCUUGGACAGGCUCCUUCCACCCGUGGGCGCCGGGCGCUCGCCCCGAAAGCGCACCACCAGCCAGUGCAAGUCCGAGCCACCCCUACUGCGAACCAGCAAGCGCACCAUCUACACCGCAGGGCGGCCACCCUGGUACAACGAGCACGGCACCCAGUCCAAGGAGGCCUUCGCCAUCGGCCUGGGGGGCGGCAGUGCCUCUGGGAAGACCACUGUGGCCAGAAUGAUCAUUGAGGCCCUGGAUGUGCCCUGGGUGGUCCUGCUGUCCAUGGAUUCCUUCUACAAGGUGCUCACCAGGCAGCAGCAGGAGCAGGCUGCCCACAACAAUUUCAACUUCGACCACCCCGAUGCCUUUGACUUCGACCUCAUCAUCUCCACCCUCAAGAAGCUGAAGCAGGGCAAGAGCGUCAAGGUGCCCAUCUACGACUUCACCACCCACAGCCGGAAGAAGGACUGGAAAACGCUCUACGGUGCGAACGUCAUCAUUUUCGAGGGCAUCAUGGCCUUUGCUGACAAGACCCUGCUGGAGCUCCUGGACAUGAAGAUCUUUGUGGACACGGACUCCGACAUCCGCCUGGUGCGGCGGCUGCGCCGCGACAUCAGCGAGCGGGGCCGGGACAUCGAGGGCGUCAUCAAGCAGUACAACAAGUUCGUGAAGCCCGCCUUCGACCAGUACAUCCAGCCCACCAUGCGCCUGGCGGACAUCGUGGUGCCCCGGGGGAGCGGAAACACCGUGGCCAUCGACCUAAUCGUGCAGCACGUACACAGCCAGCUGGAGGAGCGCGAGCUGAGUGUCAGGGCUGCGCUGGCCUCCGCGCACCAGUGCCACCCCCUGCCCCAGACGCUGAGUGUCCUCAAGAGCACACCGCAGGUGCGCGGCAUGCAUACCAUCAUCAGGGACCGGGAGACCAGCCGCGACGAGUUCAUCUUCUACUCCAAGAGGCUGAUGCGGCUGCUCAUCGAGCAUGCGCUGUCCUUCCUGCCCUUCCAGGACUGUGUGGUGCAGACCCCGCAGGGGCAGGACUACGCGGGCAAGUGCUACGCCGGGAAGCAGAUCACGGGCGUGUCCAUUCUGCGGGCGGGGGAGACCAUGGAGCCUGCACUGCGGGCCGUGUGCAAGGACGUGCGCAUCGGCACCAUCCUCAUCCAGACCAACCAGCUCACCGGGGAGCCCGAGCUCCACUACCUGCGGCUCCCCAAGGACAUCAGCGAUGACCACGUGAUCCUGAUGGACUGCACGGUGUCCACUGGCGCCGCAGCCAUGAUGGCCGUGCGGGUGCUGCUGGACCACGACGUGCCAGAGGACAAGAUCUUCCUGCUGUCGCUGCUCAUGGCCGAGAUGGGCGUCCACUCGGUGGCCUACGCGUUCCCCCGCGUGCGGAUCAUCACCACGGCAGUGGACAAGCGCGUCAACGACCUCUUCCGCAUCAUCCCCGGCAUCGGGAACUUUGGCGACCGCUACUUCGGGACCGACGCUGUCCCCGACGGCAGCGACGAGGAGGAGGGCGGCUCUGCCAGCUAGCCUCGCACCCAGCGCCUUCUCAGCCCGCCCCCAGCCCCUGUCUCCCAGCCCCGCACAGAACAGACACUUUGGUUUAUUUUAAUUAAAAAAAGUUCUGGAGUU